AUGGCCGCCUCCACCAUGUCCGUCUGCUCCAGCAACCUGAGCUACGGCAGCCGCGUCUGCCAGCCCGGUUCCUGCGAUUCUGGCCCCGACCCCUCCUGGCAGGUGGACGACUGCCCAGAGAGCUGCUGCGAGCCCCCCUGCUGCGCCCCCAGCUGCUGCCAGCCCAGCUGCUGCGCCCCGGCCCCCUGCCUCACCCUCGUCUGCUCCCCACUCAGCUGUGCCUCCAGCCCCUGCUGCCAGCAGUCUGGCUGCCAGCCUGACUGCUGCAGCUGCUCCCCCUGCCAGCCGUCCUGCUGCGUGCCCCUCUGCUGCCAGCCCGUGUGCUGCAAGCCCGUGUGCUGUGUGCCCGUCUGCUCUGGGCCUUCCUCCUCCUGCUGCCAGCAGUCUAGCUGUGAGCCCUCUUGCUGCUCAUCCUCCCCCUGCCAGCCGUCCUGCUGCGUGUCCCUCUGCUGCAAGCCCGUGUGCUGUGUGCCCGUCUGCUCUGGAGCCUCCUCCUCCUGCUGCCAGCAGUCUAGCUGCCAGUCCGAUGGCUGCAGCUGCUCCCCCUGCCAGCAGUCUAGCUGUGAGCCCUCCUGCUGCAGCUGCUCCCCCUGCCAGCCGUCCUGCUGCGUGCCCGUCUGCUGCAAGCCCAGCUGCUGCGAGCCCCCCUGCUGCGCCCCCAGCUGCUGCCAGCCCAGCUGCUGCGCCCCGGCCCCCUGCCUCACCCUCGUCUGCUCCCCACUCAGCUGUGCCUCCAGCCCCUGCUGCCAGCAGUCUGGCUGCCAGCCUGACUGCUGCAGCUGCUCCCCCUGCCAGCCGUCCUGCUGCGUGCCCCUCUGCUGCCAGCCCGUGUGCUGCAAGCCCGUGUGCUGUGUGCCCGUCUGCUCUGGGCCUUCCUCCUCCUGCUGCCAGCAGUCUAGCUGUGAGCCCUCUUGCUGCUCAUCCUCCCCCUGCCAGCCGUCCUGCUGUGUGCCCCUCUGCUGCAAGCCCGUGUGCUGUGUGCCCGUCUGCUCUGGAGCCUCCUCCUCCUGCUGCCAGCAGUCUAGCUGCCACUGCUCCCCCUGCCAGCCGUCCUGCUGCGUGCCCGUGUGCUGCAAGCCCGUGUGCUGCUACAGGCCCUGCCCCUGCGUGUCCCUGCUCUGCCGCCCCGUGUGCAGGCCCGCCUGCUGCGUGCCCAGCUCCUGCUCUGCCUCCUGCUGCCAGCCCAGCUGCUGCCGCGCGGCCUCCUGCGUGUCCCUGCUCUGCCGCCCCGCCUGCUCCCGCCCGGCCUGCUGCCGUGUCUCCUUGGGACAGAAGUCCUGCUGCUGA